AUGAAGGCGUGUGCGGUGAUAACGUUAGUACUCGUAGCAAAUACGGCUUACAUCGGUGUCGAGGCAUGGGGUGGCCUUUUCAACCGCUUUAGUCCUGAAAUGCUGUCUAAUCUCGGCUAUGGCAGUCAUGGAGGCUAUAUGAACCGUCCUGGAUUAUUGCAACAGUCAAUUCAGGAAGGAUAUGGUGGUAUAUACGAAGGAGUUGAGCCAACAGAAGAACCUUGCUACGAGAGAAAAUGUGUAUACAAUGAUCACUGUUGCCCGGGGUCUAUUUGUGUGAAUCUCGAUGGAGUUGUUGGAACAUGUGUUUUCGAUUUCGGUAUGAAACAAGGCGAGCUUUGCAGACGGGAUAGCGAUUGCGAAACAGGCUUAAUGUGUGCCGAAAUGCCUGGACGGGAAACAAAAUCGUGUCAACCGCCGACCACUUCAAACAAAUUAUACAAUGAGGAGUGCGCUAUGUCAAGUGAGUGUGACAUCAGUCGUGGACUGUGCUGUCAAUUACAAAGACGACACCGACAAACUCCUAGAAAGGUUUGCUCGUAUUUCAAGGACCCUCUGGUCUGCAUCGGCCCGGUGGCGACGGAUCAGAUAAAGUCCGUGAUCCAAUACACUUCCGGCGAGAAACGGAUCACCGGACAGGGCAACCGCCUAUUCAAGCGGAUGCCAUUCGCCUAAACGCUUGCGCGUCAUCACAACGGAUGGGAAGUAUGCAGCAUAUAAGAUAAGCUACGAGAAAAUCAAAUUCUCCUUUAGUCGUUGUGAAGAUAUCUAGGUCUAAGUGUGUCGAUUCGACAUUAUCUCGAUCUCCUUCCUAGUCCUAACUUUACUUCAUGCCACGAUACACCGGAAAGUAUGAUGAUAGCGUGCGAUAAAAGUGGAAUUACACAUAACUCGGGGAGAUGUUACUUCAAAGAUGUUUCUUCUUCGAAUAUAGCGCGACUGAUAAAACACAUAUCAUAGUAAGCCGUCUUAUAGGUCUCUAGGGAUAAGGGACACGCUAGCGUAGUUACAAUAAGGAAAGUGCGCUGAUGUUUAAGAGCGCCGUUCGACAAAGAUGUUUCUUAAUGAUAUAGAACUAAGGUGUAGAAGAAAGCUCGAAAGAAGUUUAUCUAUCGGUCUACCGGUUGAGCUUUUCUUUCGAAUUGUAGAGAAAGUUUAGUGAAGAGCAUUUAAUUGUUCGCGAUAAGUCAUGGUGAUAGAAAUAAGAUAUAAUAAAUGAGAGGCGUGCACAAAGGGAUAAGUGAAGUCCUUGUUAUCGUCGCAGUGUCAACAUUGACUAUUUUAUUCUAUUAAUGAUAUUAUUCUCAUUAUGGUAAUCUAUAGGAUAUUUCAAAUGAUAAAGUCUAUCUUCGUGAAUUUUCGAAUCAAUAGACUAAUAAAUCAUGACCACUAACAACACAACAAUGUAGUUGCAUCGAGAUAAUUCGCGAUUUCUCUCAAUGCGAGAAAUUUCAAUGUCGAUACCGUGAACGAUAAUUAAAUUAAGAGACUGCUCUUUUUAACUGCAUUUCCGUAUAUUUUCACUGCGUAUCAUAAAGUCAAAUUUGAUUUAAAAUUUAUUAAUUUCGUAAUGACAAAAUAA